CUCAUCUUUUGCUUGUCAUUAUAGAUCUGCUUCUUAUUAAGCCCUCAUGAGUUUUUAAGUUGCUAUGCGUAGUUUUUGCUUCUUCUGGCCGGGCAGAGGGAGCCCCGAGCGUCCCGGAGCCAAGCCGGGUACCACGGAACGGGGCAGUGGCCGUGGGCGGGGCGUCUUCACAGCGUCCGGCUGCGCCGUGCCGCCGGCGGGAGGCGGUAGCGGCGGCGGCGGGGCCUGAACGGCGCGGGGAUUGGCUGCGGAGGGCGGAGACGUCAGGCUCCCGCGGCCGGAGCGGCGGCCCGGCUCGGCGCGGCGCAGCGCAGUCGGGUCGAGCGCUCACCACAGAGAGGAGGUUUCCUAGGCCGUCCCGCCUUCUGCCGCCGUCGCCGGGCUGCGCCGCUCGAGCCCGGACGCGCCUCUGCGCUCCUCGCCGCUUCCACCCCCGCGGCCGCCGCUCUCCUCGACGUCCGCACACACACCAUGACGAAGAAAGAGAAGAAGUCCUUCAACCAGAGCCUGGCCGAGUGGAAGCUCUUCAUCUACAACCCGACCACCGGAGAGUUCCUGGGGCGCACCGCCAAGAGCUGGGGUUUGAUCUUGCUCUUCUACCUAGUCUUUUAUGGGUUCCUGGCAGCACUCUUUUCAUUCACGAUGUGGGCUAUGCUUCAGACUCUGAACGAUGAGGUUCCAAAAUAUCGUGACCAGAUUCCUAGUCCAGGGCUUAUGGUUUUUCCAAAACCGGUGACAGCAUUGGAUUUUUCAUUCAGCGUGUCUAAUCCAGAGUCCUAUAGAGGGUACAUUAAUGACCUUAAGAAAUUUCUAAAGUCAUAUGGCUUAGAAGAACAGAAGAAUCUCACAAAUUGUCGCAGUGGAGCGUUUCAUGAGCAGAAGGGUCCAGAAUAUACUUCAUGUCAGUUUCCUCUUGUCUUACUUGAAGCAUGCAGUGGUGUGAAUGAUCCCGAGUUUGGCUACUCCACAGGAAGCCCUUGUAUUCUUGUGAAAAUGAACAGAAUAAUUGGAUUAAAGCCUCAAGGAGAACCAAGGAUAGAAUGUAUUUUGAAGGGUGAAAACACAGCAAUGCUAUCAACUUAUCCUUCCAAUGGAACGAUAGAUUUAAAAUAUUUUCCAUAUUAUGGGAAAAAACUGCAUGGGAGCUAUCUACAGCCAUUAGUUGCCGUCCAGCUCAUCUUUGGUAAUAGAAAUGACGUAAACGAAGUCACAGUUGAGUGCAAGAUUGACGGAUCACCCAACCUAAAAAACCAGGAUGAUCGUGACAAAUUUUUAGGACGAGUUGUAUUCAAAAUCACCAUGCGUCCAUAGUAGGAGUUAAGAUAUCUCCACAGAGUAAACGUUGUGUUGUCUGUCUUCAUUUUGUAUCAGCUGGACCUGCCAUUCCAGAAUUAUGAGACCGCCUUGGAGAAAGGUGGAGUGGUACAUGACACUGGGGUAGCAUCAUAAUGUGCUUCCAGAUCGUAGUGUUCGGUUUCCUUCAAAGUAACUGCCUGUUGCCUCUGCUGCGUUUUGAACGAUGUACAGUCACCAGAUAGGGACUGUGAACACCUGAUUCUGAACAUGUAGGAUGGGGGUCUUGUCCAAUUUUUAUGUGGUUUAAUUGCCAAGUGUCUAAAGCUUAAUGUGCUGUGCUAUGUAAAUAUUUUAUAGAUUUAACACUGGUUAACUGUCAUAUUUUGAUGCCAGCAAAGUUUUAGGGGAUAAAAUGGUACCUGACCAACGUCAAACGACUUUAUAGCUGCAAGAAAUGCGGUGUAUGGAGAAGCUCUGUAUGUGAGGAGGAAAAAGGAAAAUAAAAGUGGAUUUGAAAGGUU